GGCGUUCCUAUGUGUGGGCGGACGUACAGUAGGCUUACAACCAAUGCUAGACUAACGCCAUUCAUAACAAACACAACACUUCACGCAAUCAUUCAUUCACUCUAUGAGUGGCUUUAAAUGAGUGUCACAUCUGUGAACUAAAUGCUAUGUUUUGUUCAUAUUAUCUCUAUGUGUGACACCUCUUAAGACAUAGUGACCACCGAUUGUCCGAAAUGAACAUAAGUAUCACUGAUAUAUGCGAGAACACGAAGAUGGGCCGUGAGUUCGCCCUCUUAGGCAACUACGAGACGGCUCUCGUGUAUUAUCAAGGAGUGGUUCAACAGAUCCAUCGACUUCUGCAGACCAUUAGCGACGCCAACCGUAAGGAGCGGUGGCAGGAGAUUCAGCAGCAAAUAGCACAGGAGUACGAGUACGUCAAAGACAUCCAAACGAAACUCUUAGGCUUCAAAGGCGAUCACCACAACACCCGUCCUAUCAAUCCGUCGAGACAUUCGCCGCCCUUCGGAGGCGUAUCGGACGACACGAGUAGUGACGCCGACUAUUGGCCGCCGUCUUCGCCACGAGAGCCCGACGUAUGGCCGCCGCCGACACCCGUUGAGCACAAACCCGGACCACAAGUGAAGCAAAGACAGGGCAGACGUGAGAGCACUUCGUUUGGCAAUAAAAGUGGUCGAGAAUCCAAUGCCAGCGCCAGUCGAUCGGCUGCUGUGAAGGGCGGCCCGAAAAGGGGACAAAAUGAGGGAAAGACUGCCGGAAAUAAGGCGAGCGAACAGCGCAAGAAGGGUGAGAGCGGAACCUCUAAGGAGGAGCCGAACGAGAAGAAGUACGACUGCGCCGGACCUGACAACGAGUUGGUCGAUAUGCUGGAGAGGGAUAUACUGCAGAAGAAUCCGAGCACUCACUGGACAGACAUCGCGGCCCUCGAAGACGCCAAACGACUGCUGGAGGAGGCGGUAGUGUUGCCGAUGCUAUGGCCCGACUAUUUCAAGGGUAUACGGCGUCCCUGGAAAGGGGUGCUAAUGGUUGGACCGCCGGGAACGGGCAAAACAAUGCUGGCGAAAGCGGUGGCCACGGAGUGUUGCACCACAUUCUUCAACGUCUCGUCGUCGACACUGACAUCGAAAUACAGGGGCGAGAGUGAGAAGUUGGUUCGGAUCCUCUUCGAAAUGGCCCGUUUCUACGCGCCCUCCACUAUAUUCAUCGAUGAGAUCGACUCGUUGUGUUCGCGCCGGGGGUCGGACACCGAGCACGAGGCCAGCCGUCGCGUGAAGUCGGAA